AAGAUUUGGCCAGACUGUAGAGAACCAAGGGGAAUACAGCUUCACUCGGUGCCGUGAAAUGCGCCCGAGUGCAGCUUUCCAGAGACUGGCUCUGCCGAGGGUUGCAGGAAGUUUUCUUUGGGCAGGAGAGGAGCCGCCGCUGUAAUCUCGGCCGGGAGCAGCAGCUGAAACUGACCGAGCGACUGAGCAAUGGAGGAGCCCUCAUCCCCCGGCAGCCGGCGCGUCGCCUGCCCCUCUUGCCCGCUGCUUUUUCGCACUUUGGAGGAAAUGCAUUUCCAUAGUAAACUCUUUCACCAAUUUCACCCAAGUGGCAGCCUAGAACAGGAUAUCGUGUUCGAACAUCCAACAGAAUUACCUCCAAUCAUCGUGCCUGAAGAAUUAGCUUCCAGUUCCCAUACAUUCAAGAACAAGACUUUCAAGAAACCAAAAACCUGCAGCAUCUGCAAACAGCUCAUCAAUAGCAAUCAAGGCCUUUCAUGCAGAGUUUGCAAGUAUGCAUGUCACAAGAAAUGUGAGUCAAAGGUAGUUACACCAUGUUUGCCACCAGUCAACUAUGAGCUGCCUGAUACUUCGGAUGCAUUUGUAAGUCAUGUGAGCAGUCCGGCACCAAAUAAUUAUCUGAAGAGCUCGUCUUUCAGUCACAACUCAUCUCAGAGUGUGGAAUCAGGUCACAUUAUGGAGGAAGGUUAUGAGCUUGAUCUGACUUACAUUACGGAGCGCAUCAUUGCAGUUUCUUUUCCUGCUGGCUGUUCAGAAGACACCUACUUUCAUAAUCUGCAGGAUGUAACACGGAUGCUGAAAUCCAAACAUGGAGAUAAUUAUUUGGUGUUUAAUCUUUCUGAAAGGAGGUAUGAUCUCUCCAAACUGAACUCCAAGGUGAUGGACGUAGGUUGGCCUGAUCUUCAUGCACCACCUCUGGAUAAGAUGUGUACCAUGUGCAAAGCAAUGGAGACAUGGCUAAACAAUGAUCCACUUCAUGUCGUGGUUAUUCAUUGCAGGGGAGGUAAAGGAAGAAUAGGAGUGGUUAUUUCAUCAUAUAUGCACUUCACGAAUAUCUCUGCAAGUGCUGAUCAAGCUCUUGACAGGUUUGCCAUGAAGAAAUUCUAUGAUGAUAAAGUCUCUGCCUUAAUGCAACCUUCUCAGAAACGGUAUGUCCAUUUUUUUAAUGGUCUGCUGUCUGGUUCACUGAAAAUGAACACCACUCCAUUGUUCCUGCACUUUGUCAUUUUGCAUGGCAUUCCCAGUUUUGACACUGGCGGAGUUUGCCGCCCAUUUUUAAAGAUUUACCAAGCAAUGCAACCAGUCUACACUUCAGGAAUCUACAAUGUCGGGGCUGAAAAUCAAAGCAGAAUAUGCAUUUCCAUAGAGCCAGCACAACUUCUAAAAGGUGAUAUAAUGGUGAAAUGCUACCACAAGAAGUACCGUUCAGCCACGAGAGAUGUCAUAUUCCGGCUUCAGUUUCACAUCGGCUCUAUUCAGGGCUUUGGAUUUGUGUUUGGGAAAGAAGACCUUGAUAAUGCCAACAAAGAUGACAGGUUUCCUGAAUAUGGGAAGAUUGAACUGGUGUUCUCAGCUAGCCCAGAGAAAAUACAGGGUUCUGAACAUCUCCAGAAUGAUCAUGGAGUAAUUGUGGAUUAUAACACUGCUGACCCAUUGAUCCGGUGGGACUCCUAUGAAACACUCACUGUUGAUGGUGAAGUGUCACACACCCAAGGCCCAAUUGAUGGAAGCCUGUAUGCCAAGGUGCGAAAGAAAAGCUCAUCCGAGGGUCAUAUUCCUACUGGUGGAACUCCUGUAACUGCUGGACCGGAACAGAUUGAACAUACGCUGUCUGUCAGCAGUGACUCUGGAAACUCCACAGCCUCCAUAAGAACGGAUCGAACGGAGGAACACUUGCCGCCAGGCGUUAAACGAGGACUAAGCUUGCAAGAGAAAGCCGAGUUGGAUAGACUUUUAAGUGGGUUUGGACUGGAGAAUUCAGUGCAGUUGAAGGACAUGACUGAAACGAGAGUGAAGUACAGUGGAGUGCGCCACAUUGUGCCUGCUCAGGUUCAUGUGAAUGGUGAACUGAAAGCAAAGGACAGGGAGACAGAUAUUUUAGAUGAUGAAAUGCCAAAUCACGAUCUGCAUAGUGUGGACAGCAUAGGGACUCUUUCCUCCUCUGAAGGCCAACCAUCAAACAAUCUAGGAAACUUCAGUUUUCACAAGAGCAGUCAGAACUCCCUGCUGUCAGAUGGAUUUGGGAGCAACACUGGAGAUGACCUGCAUAAUGCUGUUGUCCCGGACCUUGGUAUUGGAGCAGAUGCGGGGUAUGACAGAACAUUUGUUGGAGUUUCUGAGGGAAAGAAUGCCUUUCAGCGACCCAGAAACCCAACACUGCCGCCACAGCCACAAGUUUAUAACCAGAGUAAUUAUUCAACUCAGACCUGGGUACGGCAACAGCAGAUGGUUGCUGCUCAACAUUAUGCCUAUACAGCAGAAAAUGAUUUGAGGUUUGCAAUGGUGGGCACUGCAGAAGAUUCAAACAGAACACAAACAGCAUUCAACCUUCCAGAUACUCCCACGCGAGGGUCAAGCAGCCGGGAUGCUGUGCAGAGAGGCCUUAGUACGUUAUCAGGGGACAGUAAAAUCCAAGACCACCAAGACUCUGGUGUCGUGUUUGAGCAUGAGAAGCAAGUUCACAAACCAUCUGAGAUUGAUCAAGUUGCUGAAGGUACAAGGUUGGGAUCGGAGGAGCAGGAUUUGUCCUCUUCCCCAACGUUGGAUAUUGAUCAGUCAAUUGAACAACUCAACAAACUGAUAAUGGAUCUAGACCCCACGUUUGUGCCAAUUCCGACACGAGUAAAUAAAGGCUCUCUUAGCAAGAAAGAUGUCGUCCUGGAAGGAAGCAACGGUGUGAAUUCAGGAUCAGAGGAACAAACACAGAGGGUCUCUGGAAGUGGCAGCCAACAAGGUCCACAAACACACAAAUAUGACAAUCACCUAACAUUGGGGAGGACGAGGAAGCUGAGUGUAGGGCAAUAUGAACAAGGAGAAGCUGAUCUGCCAUAUGACCAGAGUGGGUGGAUCAAAUCCUCUGAUCCUUCCCACUCCAAUGGAGCAUUCACAACAGCAGAGCAGCCAAGAGAGCUAAACAAACCAGGAUGUAAUGUUGGACAGGAUGAGGUGGAUGGCAGACUGUUAAUCUCAUCCCCUGCAAAUGAAAUGCCACCUCCCACACCAGCAUUCCCAGUCUCACCCCCAACUCCAUAUGUCAAAAUGUCUCAGAAUUAUUCUGGAGUUCCUGUGUAUGGAGUCGGAGAACAGAACAGCAACCCUUCCGAUGUCUACAGAAUUGUUCAUGAACCCCGAAGUUACAUGGACGGCAGUCAUCAUUCUGUAGGGGGCUCAGAUAAUAGUGCAGCAGUGAGCAACGUUCUGUACCACACUGAUUCUCCAAUGGCUAGUACAUCUUACCAGCGACCUUUUGGCUCAAUGUGCUUAGUCUCCACCAACAGCCAAGUGCCCAGGACAAACAGCCCACGAAAUUGGUUGGAGAGUGCCCAGAAAGGAGUGUUUUCUCCUCAGUCAUCAGUAACUGGGAUUAGUAGGUCAACAGGUAGUUACCUUGGUUCCUCAGUGUUUUCUGGUAACGCCAGCAGUCCCUUGCAGGAUACCUCCACCUCAUCACAUUUUCUUUCUCCAGGAUCACAAGUUGUCUCUUCUAACAACCAUUCAAUUCAUGUGAAUGUUUCUGAGAGCCUCACUGCAAACCUGCGACAAGGCAACACUGGAGUGACAUCCACAAUGCAUUCUUUGCCUGCUGAUUCUAGUAACCGGAACUAUGGUGUUAACAGUGGACUCCACAAUGAUGGAAAAACUGACAUUUCACAGAGCUACCCUGCAGGACCAAGCAACACCGCUUUGAACAUGAACUCCCCUGUGACUAGUCUCCUUGCAGUUAAUGGGCAGCCUCAAAGUAAUGCACCGCUAAUGCAUGAUGUUUUGGGUGCGACAGUCCAUCCCCCCUUGCCGGAAAAGAAAAGGAUUUCUGAGGGAGAUCAUUCACUUGUCUCCAUCUCACCAGCUUCAAGUGGCUUUUCAAGUCCACACAGUGGAAGUACAAUCAGUAUUCCCUUUCCCAAUAUCCUUCCUGACUUUUCCAAAGUUAUAAGUACCUCUGCUGCACAAGAUUCAAGUUCAUCAUCUGAAAAACACGUCACUGUAAAGUUUGUACAAGAUACAUCCAAAUUUUGGUACAAGCCAGAGAUAUCGCGUGAACAAGCCAUUACAUUACUAAAAGAUAAAGAGCCGGGAUCGUUUAUCGUCCGGGACAGCCAUUCUUUCCGGGGUGCAUAUGGUUUAGCAAUGAAAGUCGCUACACCUCCAGCUUCUGUGCUUCAGCAGAACAAAAAAGCGGCAGGAGACUUAGCAAAUGAGCUGGUCAGACAUUUCCUGAUUGAAUGCACCCAAAAGGGAGUGCGAUUAAAGGGAUGUCCCAAUGAACCAUACUUUGGGAGUCUGACUGCAUUGGUUUAUCAACAUUCCAUCACCCCCCUGGCAUUGCCUUGCAAGUUGCUCAUCCCUGAUAGAGAUCCUUUGGAGGAUGGAAUUGAUGCAUCUCCACAGGCUGCCACAAACUCUGCUGCAGAAUUGCUGAAACAAGGAGCAGCGUGUAACGUGUGGUACCUAAAUUCUGUGGACAUGGAGUCACUGACAGGCCAUCAAGCGAUCCAGAAAGCAACAUCAGAAACUCUAAUGCAAGCUCCACCUCCAGCUUCCACUGUUGUACAUUUUAAAGUAUCUGCCCAAGGCAUUACCCUGACUGACAAUCAAAGAAAGCUGUUCUUCAGAAGGCAUUAUUCAGUCAACACAGUGAUUUUCUGUGCUUUGGAUCCACAAGAUAGAAAGUGGACGAAAGAUGCCAACUCAGCAAAGAUUUUUGGAUUUGUGGCAAGGAAGCAGGGAAGUGCCACGGACAACGUCUGCCACCUUUUUGCUGAGCAUGAUCCAGAGCAGCCCGCCAGUGCCAUUGUGAACUUUGUAUCAAAAGUCAUGAUGGGGUCUCAGAAGAAGUAAUCAAAUUCUGCUCCUGCAAAAACCCACAAGAAAAAUAAAUGUUUAACUAAAAAAUAAAAAAAGGCAAUAAUAAAUUGCAUCAAUAGUUGGUCAUGUUCAGAAGUUUUGUAUAUGUUGAAUGAUGGUAAGAGCAGGUUUGAAUUAUUUUAGAGUGGAGCAGAGAAUUACAGAGAAUAACUGGUUUUAGCCUAAACCGUCAGAAAGGAUGUAUGGCUUCUGUGAUUAUUGGUUAGCAGUUGAUCUUACUUAUUAAGGUGAAGGGUCAAUGCUUAGUUUUUUUUCCACUGCUUUGAGCAGGAGAAGCUGAACAGUUUUAAAAAAAUCAGUAAAAUAUAAUUUAUAUUUAUUUAACACCAUAUCCUGAGUAGCUUAUGGCUAAUCUGAUGAUUGUACUCGUUGCACAUGUUUAAACAGAAGUGACAGUCAAACUGCGACUGCACAUUUUUGUGUUUUGCAGCCUCCUCAAUGCUAAAAACCAUUCUACAAUGUGUGCAACACCUGUCUAUCAUUCCAGAAUCACUGGCAUUUUAGUAUAAGUAGGAUAGGCAUUAACAUUUAUGUAGAUCUAUUUUAUAUCAUUGCAAUUUUUGUUACAAUAAAUGAAAUCUGUAAGUAUACAGUUGGGUAUGAAAUUCUUGCCAAAGAUGUACCAUUUAACCAGCACUUUGAACUGCCGUAUUAACGCGAGUUCAAUGAUUGAAUUCAGCCCUUCCCCUCAUAUUAAACUAGUGUAUCCACCUGUGUUGCUUCCACUGUUAACUAUUUGUGAAGUUUAAAAGUUUUUACUUCAAUUAUCUGUAUUACCAAAAUCAUUUUAGUCAUUUUUGUCUGCUUUGCAUAGUGUGUAUGUUGUAGUAUUCUUAAAGCAUACUGUAAAAACCUUGUAUCCAUUAUGUAAAUGAAUUAUGUUCUAUAAUUCUUUGUAUAGUCCUUUUCCAUUCUUUGAACACAAUCUGUUAAAAUUAUAAUAAAUACAAUAAAUUUUCA